CGGCGUCACAGUUGGCGGGCCGACGUUCACAAGGCUGAACGUUUACCCUUCACACUCCGUGUACCUUGGCCCUGAUUCCCAGCAACUUAUCGACUCGCGCUCUCGAUAUCGCACUCGACAUCUGCCAUAUCCCUCGCGUCCUCUCGACUUUUUCCCGACCCCACUAGCCCCUCUACACUUCGGCACAACCUGCAACAGCCACAAUGGUGAAAGACACCAAGCUGUACGAUACCCUGGGGGUGGCGCCAGACUGCUCCGAGUCACAACUGAAGUCAGCAUACAAGAAGGGUGCACUCAAGUGGCAUCCCGAUAAGAACGCACACAACCCCGAGGCCGCAGACAAGUUCAAGGACCUCUCACACGCCUACGAAGUUCUCUCCGACCCACAAAAGCGCCAAAUAUACGACCAAUAUGGUGAAGAGGGUCUCGAGCAAGGUGGCAUGGGCGGCGGAGGCGGCAUGGCUGCCGAGGAUCUGUUUGCGCAGUUCUUUGGCGGCGGCGGCAGCCCCUUUGGCGGCAUGUUCGGCGGCGGUAUGGGUGGAGGACGCGAGCAAGGCCCUAAGAAGGCACGCACAAUCUCCCAUGUCCACAAAGUAUCACUCGAGGAUGUCUACCGCGGCAAGGUCUCGAAGCUCGCUCUCCAGAAGUCGGUCAUCUGCCCCAAGUGCAACGGUAUCGGCGGCAAGGACGGUGCUGUAAAGAAGUGCGCUGGCUGUGACGGUCGUGGUAUGAAGCACAUGAUGAGGCAGAUGGGUCCCAUGAUCCAACGCUUCCAGACGGUCUGCCCAGACUGCCAGGGAGAGGGAGAAAUCAUCCGCGACAAGGACCGAUGCAAGCAGUGCAACGGCAAGAAGACCAUCAUCGAGCGCAAGGUUCUCCAUGUCCAUGUUGAUCGUGGUGUCAAGACCGGUCACAAGAUCGAAUUCCGAGGCGAAGGUGACCAGCUGCCGGGCGUGGAACCAGGCGACGUUGUGUUUGAGAUUGAGCAGAAACCCCACCCACGCUUCCAACGCAAGGAUGACGACCUUUUCUACCAGGCCGAAAUUGACCUGCUGACGGCCCUUGCUGGAGGCCAGAUCCACAUUGAGCACCUCGAUGAACGCUGGCUGACAGUCGACAUCAUCCCUGGCGAAUGCAUCAGCCCCGGUGAAGUCAAGGUGAUCCGCGGCCAAGGUAUGCCAUCGUACCGACACCACGACUUUGGUAACCUGUACAUCCAAUUCGACGUCAAGUUCCCUGAGCGCCUUGGCAACGAGGAGGGCGGACCGAUGAGCCCUGAGCAGAUCCGCGCCCUCGAGUCGGUCCUACCGCCCCGCAAGGUCCCCGAUACCCUUCCUCCACCAGACUCAAUGACCGAGGACUUCACUCUCGAGGACGUCGACCAAGGAGGCGAGGGUGCCCGCGCGCGCGGUAUGGGCGGCAUGGAGGACGAUGAAGACGAAAUGCACCCAGGCGCUGAGCGCGUACAAUGUGCAUCGCAGUAAACGCUGCGAUACAGUUAUUGCCGUUGAAAGGAUAGGAGUGGUAUGAGUUUACGAGCACGACACUAUGAAGUUCAGCAAUGGUUAACCGGAAAGCAUUCUGGAGGGAAUGGAGCGUUCGGUCCUAGGACUGGCGUCGUAGGAGUCUUUAUUAUUCUUCAUUUUUGUGGCCGCCGUUCGGAAUGCAUCAGUGGCGGUGGUGGGAUGGCGGUGGUGUAUCUAUGGUGGGGUUGCUUUGUUUGCAUAGCGCAUAUCAGGUGACUAGCUUUGCUGCAAACCCCACCAACCUUUUGUCAUUACUGCGAAGAGAGAGAGAGGGAGGGAGAGAGAUAGAGGAGGACCUUACGAUACCAAAACAUGGUUCUUUUUUGUGUUUUUCUCUAGGGCAUUUUCUUUCUUAGUCAGGUUAUUUGGGUAGACCGAGCCAGAUGGAGC